AUUAUUGCUUAUUUUUAAAGUAAAAUCAUCGCCUAGUUUGAUCAGCGUGACGAGUACAUAAUUCCAGCCUUCACCCAUUGUUGAUAUGACAAAAAGUAAAUGAGAUAAAACGUUAAAAGAUUAAUUAAGUUUGAAACCUAAUUAUAGUGACAAGCACCGAGCAUACACCGUACAUUCUAAUGAGCCACCAAACCAUAUUUUCACGCAUGCGCACUUGUCUGAUUUCGAAUGUCUCGCUCUGUGUCGAAGUUGUUUAUUAACUUUCAUGGUGUCAUAGGCGCUCUGCAGCCACCGUUGAAGUUGUCGCAGCUUACACUAAACAUGGACUGGGGUUAUAGCGAUACAGAUACUUCUUCAACGAACAAUCCUUCUUCCCGUGAUGAAUGCCUUACUAUGUCUCCGUCACUGUCUUCAGAAAUGUCAGCAAGUGAUUCUGACCCUCCUCCGAAAGCUGAUAUUUCUCCUCCCGAAUCAAUACAAGACACAAAGUCAAAACUUAAGUCGCGCAUUCUUCCUAAAUCUUUAUUAGACUCAGUGACAGAAAAAAUUCGUGGUGGAAUAGUCCCUCAGGCUGACAUUGUAAAGAGUCCUUGUAAUUUCAACGAUAACUCUUAUACUGAAGAGGAAAAUCAAUUAACUAAUACAACUUUUCUCGUAGACGAAACUGUUUCUCCAACUUUUAGCCCUAAAACUUUUAUUGAUAAACAAGAGGCAGAAAACAUAACGGUUGUUCCUGAGGGUGAAGUCUUGACAUCUUCGGAGUGCAAUGACAGUGUUACGAAACAGACAGUUAUCGAUGAAGAAAGUGCAACAGUAACUUUUAAUGAUUUAAGUGAUGAUAAUUCGAUUUUAACCGUGUUUAGUGACGAAGAAACACGAACGAAAAAGCAAAAUAAAAAGUCGUCCAAACCAAUUCCAAAUUAUUUUAUUUCAAUCCAGUUUUCUGAUACAGAAAUUAAUACAAAUUUAAAAGAUGUACAGAAAUCUGUUAUGAAAAAAAAUGGAAAUUAUUCCUUGGCAGUUGUACCGCUUCAUAGUCUUCACAUGACGCUUGCAGUGAUGCAUUUAGGGGGAGACGACGAUAUAGACCGGGCUAGAGCAGCAUUAGAUCGGUCUGGAGUUAAACUGACACCAAAAUAUGAAAAGGAGUUGUUAAAGCUUCCUUUACAAGGUCUAGGAAACUUUAGAAAUUCAGUAGUUUUUGCUAAAGUCCAGCCAGGAGACCAUGUUGCAAAGUUGGAAGAAAUUGCUGAAGAAAUUCAAGCGCAGUUCUUUGCAGAAGGGUUAGUUGGAAAACAAUCAGAUUUCAAGCCUCAUGUUACUGUGAUGAAGUUAUCGAGGGUUGGUAAAAAAUUAACUAAAAAGACAGGAUUGAAAAAGAUUUAUCCUGACGUUUAUGAGGAAUUUAUCGACAGCUAUUUUGGCUGCCAGCCUGUAGGUAGUAUACAACUCUGCUCAAUGUUAAAACGAAAAGGCAUCUCUGGUUAUUACCACAUAGAGCAUGAAAUAAAUUUUGGUACUAGUUCUAAAAAUGGAACUAAAAAUAGCAACGCUGCUCCAGAAUCGGUUAGUGAAAAUCAAAUGGAGUUGGGUUCAACCUCAAAACCUUCACCUGACAAUGAAUUUGAAAAAGCCACUGAUAUAUCAGAGAAAAUUAAUUCAACUUCCGAUGAGGCAGUAAACUAUGCGGAUGAAAUGAACAUGUCAUCAUCUUCAACUCUGAGGCCCGAUUCGUCCCAUUCUGUUAUAGGAUCUCAGUCACAAUUAGAUACCGAAUCAACUUGUCCUGCAGAAAUAGUAACUGUUAUAGAACCACUGGUUGUUGCAGAAAUGAGUCCUAUCUCUGUGGUUGAACCUAGCAGUCCUUGUAAAAGUUUCGUUGAUGUUAUUGAAGAAGGUUUGGAACUAGCCGAAGAGGCAAUAGAAUAUGUUAAUAAGGGUUCAUCUUUACCUCGUGCCUCUUCACAUAGUGAAUCACUUCCAAAUUCAGAUCCACAUGAAACAAAUAUUCAAAUUUCAGGUAAUGAAGAAAGUUCUCCUCUUACUAAAAAAUUAAAAAAGACACCGAGUUGCUGCAUUAUGUAAAAUGUUUAUAUUUGCAAUAGAAGGUAUAAAUAUUAAGAUCAUAAGAUAUUUCAGGACUUUGAAAAAUCAUCUGUCAUUUGUCAUUUUUGCACAUGGUUUUGUUUUGCAGUUUUUAGUUUGGUGUAAAUAUAUAAAAUUGAGUUGUUAACAAAUUGUGAUCGAAUUACAUGAUCACAAAAUUUAGGAAGUGCCUUGAUUAAUGUUUUUUUGUUAUUUAUAAAUAAAAUCCCUGGCCCCUCUCCCUCUUUUUUUUUUUUAAUUUAAAAUUGGUUUAAUUUUAAGGAAAAAAAAAUCUAUUUUACUGUCAUUAGGUAAUAAAAUAAAACCAAAAGAACUUGACAUAAAACAACUUUGAAAUGUUUUGUAAAUUGUCAUCUUUUUAAACACGUCGGCAAUCUGUCUCUGGAAAGACAAUGAAUGACUAUGUAAAUGUAAUCUUAAUACACUUUUUUAAAAAAAAUAUGCUUAGAUUUUUCAAUUUUUUUUUAAUAGAUAUAACUUCAAUAUAUAUAUAUAUAUAUAUAUAAUAUAUAUAUAUAUAUAUAUAUAUAUAUAUAUUGUUGUACUACCUUAUAGCUACAUUCAAUUAAAAUUGAAAUCUAUAUUUUUUAAAAUUUACUGUUUCAUGGGAUUCUUGUUAAAGCAUCAUUUAAUUUUAUAGGCAGUAGUAAUAGUUGUUAAUCUGUUAUAUUCACUGUUGAUAUUUUCUAUAAAGAAAAUCUUUAUUUUAUUAAUUAUUAGCUUGAACAUUCAACACCCACCGCUUUUCCCCAAGACCUUAAUAAUUUACUUGUCCACUGUUAUCAAUUUCUAAGGUGGACUUGCAUUAUCAAUCUAGUGUUAUCUCCGACACCAUCUGAAAGCUAAAUAUUGCUUCUAAUGAAACCAAAGUUAACCUUUGUUGCUAAUUAAGCACAACUCAUUUCUUAAGAACAUUCUAGCAUAAAACUGAUUAUUUUUGGGCAUUCGCAAAGUUACUCAAAGUUUUGUCUUUCAUUAUUUAUUGUUUUUCUUAUAUGCGAAACAUUUCUUGUAUUUUAUAAUUAUUACUGAACAGUCCUUGCAGAAUUCUACUUCGAAAUAGUAGUUGAUGUCAAGAUAAGAAAUAAUUUUUUUUCUCAAUUGUUAAGGUGACUAAAAUUUGUUUUUGAAGAUAGACGAACAGUGUAUUUAUAGUUUGGUACCUCAAAAUUGCGCAGCACUUUAUAAUAUAUCCAACUAGUUGAACAUAUUCAUUACCUUGCAUGGUUUCAAUUUUUUU